AUGACUUCCUUCACCUCUCAGGCCGCCCUCUGCUGGCCCUCGGGCUACAACGCGAAGACGGAGCACCACCUGACCAUCAGCCGCAGCGGGGCCGUCUCGCUGAGCGGAGGCCGCGACGCCGCACGCGUCUCCCUCGCCGACCUCGAGGCGGCUGGACUGGCCUCGUGGCUGGUGUGCUGCGGCGCGAGGGACCUGCUCGAGCACGCCUUCCCUCCCCUCUCCCUCCCCGUCGUGCGCGUGACGCCGGGAGGUGGGGCGGUGCCCGUGAGCUCCGCCGAGCAACAGACCGCGCUGCUGCAGGGCGAGGGCGGCGGCGAGCGGCUUGGAGGCGCGGCUGCCGGUGGACCCAACCGGCUUCGGACUCCGCGCUGCCUCUCGUCGCAGGCGCUCCGUGACCUGGCGGCCGUCCUCGCCGCCUCGCCCUCCCUCGCCUGGGAGGCGGAGCGAGGGGGCGACGUCGCAAAGUGCCUCGGCAAGUGCAGGCCGGCGGACGGCGGCGGCGGCGGCAUCGGCAACUGA